AUGUCAUUGCUGCGUGCUAAUGUCACCGACGUCCCUGAUAGCAUAGACUGGGUGGAGAAAGGAGCUGUGAAUGCUAUAAAAAACCAAGGUCCAUGUGGUUGUUGCUGGGCUUUCUCAACUAUAGCGGCUGUAGAAUCAAUUACUCAAAUCAAGACUGGUAACUUGCCAGAACUAUACGAGCAACAAUUGGUCGAUUGUACUAGCCGAAACAAUGGUUGUAAUGGUGGUUGGAUGGACACUACGUUUGAGUAUAUAGUACAGAAUGGAGGCAUAACCUCAGAAGCUAACUACCCAUACCAAAAAGCAGAUGGAACGUGCGACACUAGCGCAGCAUCCUCGAUUGAGGCCACCGUCACGAGUUAUAAGGAUGUUCCCACCAACAAUGAGGGGGAACUGUUAAAGGCUGUGGCAAUGCAACCGGUUUCGAUAGCCCUAGACGCUAGCGGGCAGGAACUCCAAUCGUACUCAAGCGGCAUCUUCAAUGGGGACUGCGGGACUGCGAUGACUCAUGCCGUCACCAUAGUUGGGUACGGAACAACCGAGGAUGGCACCAAAUAUUGGAAGAUUAGGAAUUCUUGGGGAGAGACAUGGGGUUAAGCUGGCUACAUGAGGAUUCAAAGAGAUUUUGGCCAGCCAGAAGGGCUACGUGGUCUUGCUAUGCAUCCUUCUUAUCCUGUUGUGUGAGUGACUAGUAUCAUCUGGUCAUUCGGAACCUUCUAUCUUACCAAAUUCAUGCGUAAAUAUCCGGAAAAUGCUAUGGCCAUUGGUGUGUCCAAAGAUUGUACUUAAAUGAUGAAGUUAUCUAUAGUGGAAACUUAACUUGUCCAUCGGUAUCCAGCAUUAAAAUUAAGCAACCAAACUUUUCCAGGCUGGGGUGCAACUUUUGUUAGUAGCAUCUGAUGGAAUCUUGAACAAGUCUAUGCUAUCGUCUCCCAUUCCUAGGACGCGGAGUGAGAUGUAUAAGAUUUACAGAGAUCUUUGGUGCCAUCUUGUUUGUUUGAAAACCGGCAAACUUU